AUGAGACCGAUAAUAGCACUCCUCAGCGCGCUCACGUCUGGAGUGACGGCGGCUACAGUCUACACUGGCGACAGAUUCCAAGGCCAUCCCAUCAUUUCGUCCUUGGACGUCAAUGAUCUCCCAAGCAAUACCGUGUCUCGAUUCUGGUUGUCGCCAGCAGCGGGACAAGGAGGCCUUUAUUACUUUCUGCCAAUCUUCGUGGCACGAGGUACUGCAGAAUCUCUCGAGAGUGGUCGCAAGUUGUCCCUCUCUGCGUCAAUACACGGCGAUGAACUGAACCCGGUGGCGAUUGUCCAGACCAUUUUCAGGCAAUUGAACGAAACCGUGGCUGCUGGUGCUUUCAAUGGCACAGUCAUUGGUAUUCCGACACUCAAUCCGCAAGGAAAUUUUCUCAACCAGAGAAAUUUCUUCACCAGUUCUUCCAAUGGAUUCUUCUACGACAUGAAUCGCCUCUUCCCCGGACUCAGCAUGGCAGAAGGCGGAAAUCUGGUGGAGUCUUACACUGCAGCGAUUUGGAACGACAUUUGGGGCAAUACGUCGAAUGUCGAUAUUGCCGUGGAUUUCCACACGCUGUCGACGGGUUCCGUGGGUCCACUCUGGGCGUAUGCGGACUAUGCAAGCGAAGGCGUGCAGCGCAUGGCUGAGCUUCUCCAGCCGGAUGUGAUCAAGAUAGAUCCUGGUCUGCCCGGUACCAUCGAGACCAGCUGGGUCCAAGCAGGCGUGCCCGCGAUUACGGUCGAAACAGGCCCAGCCAACAAUUGGAACCGCACAUUGAUCAAACGUACGGUGGACUUUGCUUUCCGCUUGAUGGAUGACCUGAUGAUGACAGGCGGCGCACUGCCUGUGCCAGACUUGUCGCAGACGUUCAUCGCGAACAACUUCUCCGAUCCAUAUACCGACUUCAGCGGCUGGUUUGAGUCGGACAUUGAGAUUCUGCAGGAUGUCGAGGAGGGCCAAGUGAUUGGCAGAGUGUAUAACGCGUGGGGCGAUGAGCUGCAGACCAUUACGUCGAGCGUGAGCGGGCGAGUACUGACUGUGCUCGUCGACCCUGCCGUCGAGGCUGGAGCCAGUCUAGCGACCAUUGCCUACAAUGCGACCAGCGCAUAG